AUGCCUUCUGCCAUGCCAUCUCCAACAGUCAGCCCCCUCUCCUCCCAAGGUGAAGGCUCGUCACUGGGCGCCGUCAUCGCCAACAUGGACAUUGAUAAUCUCUCUGACACCGAUUUCAAGAUGAUCCAAAUUGCCUUGUAUCACCACCAAGUGGUUGUCUUUAAAAACCAGGGCCACCUGUCUCCGAAGGCCCAGUACGAGGUCACCCAACGCUUCGACCCCGCCGCUGCUGGUGCCUACGGACACGGCAAGACUCUGGACGCCAAGCGCUCCAUCCUACACCCUGACCUCAAGACCAUCCCCCACCAACCUCAGGUUCAGGUCAUCGGCAACGGGUUUGUAGAGAGCUACGAGGGCCUCGAGAACAUCACCCUGCGCCAUCCCCACCACCGUACCUUUCACGCCACCCGUAUCCCUGACGAGGACGACCUCGACUUUACGCGCUACUACCGCUGGCACAUUGACGCCGCACUCUACGGCCUCGCGCCUCCCGUAGCUACCUCUCUCUUUGCCGUCCGCGUUCCCGGUGGUCGCUCUCAGACCCUUCGCUACGACGACGGCACCGGCGACGAGAAGACCGUCCCCCUCGGCACCACGGCCUUUGUCUCCGGCGCCGCCAUGUACGAAGCCCUGUCGCCCGAGGACCAGGCCUUCUGCCGCGGCACCAAGGUCGAGUACGCACCCCAUCCCUACGUCUGGAUGAGCGGCGCCCGCUCCCGCCCCGACGGCCUCGGCCUCGUCUCCGAGGGCCGCGAGCUGCCGCUGUCCGACCUCCCCCCCAUCGACGACGACAAGAUCCAGAUCCUGCCCAUGCUCUGGCGCAACCCCGUCACCGGCGCCCUGUCGCUGCAGGUCCACCCCUCCGCCGUGCGCAGGCUGCACCUCGCCGACGGCACCGUGCUCGACGACCUCGCCGAGGUCAGGGAGAUUGUGCACAGGCUGCAGCGGCCCGGCAUUGCGCCUGAAAAGGUGUACGCGCAUGACUGGGAGGAGGGCGAUUUCGUCAUCUUCCACAACCGCGGCGUGCUGCAUUCUGUCGUCGGUGCCUUUGCCGAGCAUGAGGUCAGGCUGUUUCGGCAGUGUAACAUUGCCGGGAGUGAGCUGCCGGUCGGGCCGGAGGGGAUUUAG